AUGAAAGGUUUCAGGCAAAGAGUGCACGAGCAGUUGUCUAGAGCAAAAGACUCAAACAAAUCCUCCAAGAAAAAGGACUCUAGUUCUACUACCGCGUCUCCCCUCUCCGCCUCAGCUACCCUUGCAGGCGGUGAAUCGAGGUCCCCAAACAGCUCCAAUGCUGCCACACCGACCUCCUCAACAACGAAUGUCAAUGAUGUACGGAUCAAGAAUAGCAACAACGAUAGUGGCGCCGGCAGCCACGUCAAUACUCUACUUCCUGGCGUGCAUGGUUCAGGGUCGGGAGGUUCAGGUCAACACUACAUACAGCAAAGCUCUGGGCUCGGACCUACUGGACCCGGUACACCCGGCAGGCAAGGCGGCCAUCUUGCUCCUAGUGUUAUCAUAAGCCCAAGUGCUCCUCAUGUUCCAGGACCAGGCGCGACUGAGACAAUGCCUGGUGACCUCGCGCCCCCUAAGGCGGGCCAAAAAUCCUUACUUUUCGAUCGCCUCCAGUCAACUCCUAAAGAUGUGGCCGAGGGCAUCCGGACACCCAAAAGACAGCAUUCAUCUCGGUUCGAUGUCUCCGAUCAGAGAUCUCGGGAGCUAGAGAAACUACCUGGCUUCCAUGAGGUGCCUCCAAAUCGAAGGCAGGAGCUGUUUAUGCAGAAGAUUGACCAGUGCAACAUCAUUUUCGACUUCAACGACCAGACCGCAGACAUGAAGUCAAAAGAAAUCAAGAGACUCGCUCUACAUGAAUUGCUGGACUAUGUUGCGAACAACAGGUCGGUUAUUACGGAACCAAUGUAUCCCAAAGUUGUCGAGAUGUUCAGCAAGAACCUGUUCCGACCGGUGCCUCCUCCUGUCAAUCCUCAAGGCGAAGCUUUUGACCCGGAAGAGGACGAGCCCGUGCUUGAAGUUGCCUGGCCUCACAUACAAGUCGUCUACGAGUUCUUCCUGCGCUUCAUUGAGAGCCAGGAUUUCAACACCAACAUUGCCAAGGCCUACAUCGAUCACCAUUUUGUCCUUCAGUUGCUGGAACUCUUCGACUCGGAAGAUCCUCGAGAGAGGGAUUUCUUGAAAACUACACUCCACCGCAUCUAUGGCAAAUUCUUGAAUCUUCGCUCCUACAUUCGGAGGUCCAUUAACAAUGUCUUCUUCCAAUUUACCUACGAGACCGAGAGAUUCAAUGGAAUCGCGGAGCUUCUAGAAAUCCUGGGGUCCAUUAUUAAUGGCUUUGCACUCCCACUAAAGGAGGAACAUAAACUAUUCUUGACCAGGGUUCUCCUUCCCCUCCACAAGGUCAAGAGCCUGAGCAUGUACCACCCGCAGUUGGCUUAUUGUAUCGUUCAAUUUUUGGAGAAGGACUCGGCACUGACAGAGGAUGUUGUUCUCGGUCUGCUCCGGUAUUGGCCCAAAGUCAACAGCACCAAGGAGGUGAUGUUCUUGAAUGAAGUGGAGGACAUCUUCGAAGUUAUGGAUCCUCAAGAGUUCGCCAAAGUCCAGGAACCACUCUUCAACCAACUGGCAAAGUCUGUCGCCAGCCCCCACUUCCAGCAGGUGGCAGAACGUGCUCUGUAUUUCUGGAACAACGAGUACUUCUGUAAUCUCGUUAGCGACAAUGUCGAAACAAUCCUCCCCAUCAUGUUUGCUCCGUUGUACGAGAAUUCCAAGGGUCACUGGAACCGGACAAUUCACGGCAUGGUCUACAAUGCGAUGAAACUGUUUAUGGAGAUUAACCCUCAACUCUUUGACGAAUGUUCCCAUGAUUACAAUGAACUACAAAACAAUGCGCCUCAACGGGAGAAAGAACGCGAAGCCAAGUGGGCGAAGCUCACAGAGCAAGCGAACAAAAACAGAGCUAAACUCUCGAAGCCACCGUCGAACCCAACCAUCAAAGAAGAGCCCGAAAUAGAUGCUACGCAAGACAAUCAAGAGCGACUUGAUGCUCUGAAAUUGCAUGAUGAGUCGACAUCUUCGAGGCCAGCUUCGAUUCACACGGCCACACCAGAGCUCGUAGGUCUAACAGCGGCUCCGACUCCAAGGCGAGAAGGCAUCGCGCCCAGUCUAGUGGCUCGGCCGAUUUACAUCGAACGGUUCCACAUGUGCAACGCCAUAGCAGUGCAGCGUCACAGCAUUGAUCUCGACUAA